AUGACUAGUGCUUUAAGUAUUUUGGUUGCCACAUGGUCCUAUCUGUGCAUGGAUGCCCUCUUACUUUUAGUUGCAUUUCUUGUUUUGUGGUUUCUUUAUGCUACCUGUUGCAUCUAUUGGAAUUAUCGAAAAGUGAAACACAUUCCCGGUUCUUUUCAAUAUUUCUUUAGUUUUAUUCCAAUACCUUUUUUUGCUGAACACAUCUAUUUUGGAGGAGAGGACACGGUCGAGAAGCUCAUUCAAGAGAAGGGUGAAGCCAAAACUGGUCUCGUUCGUGUGUCCAUGGCCUCCAAGAAUGUGGUCAUUCUCAACGAUCCACAUCUCAUCAAGGAAAUGACAGUCACAAAAGAAAAAUGUUUCAAAAAGAAUCCAGAAACUUACAAUGCUUUCCGAACCUUUGGAGACAAUAUUUUGAGUGCAUGCAAUCAUGAAGAAUGGAAGAUUCAUCACAAGAUUUGUUCACCUGCCUUUUCAUCGAGAAAUUUACAACACUUAACACAAGUGGCUGGUCAUUGUGUGGAUGAAAUGGUGGAAUUUCGAUGGAAACGCAACUAUUCGAUUGAACAAGGUUUUCAAAUGGAUAUGAAAGAUUAUUCGGAUUUAACCUUGCAUAUUCUUGGAUUGAGUGUGUUUGGUUUGAAUUUUGGAUUCUUCACAUCGAUCACAUGCCAUUCUUCUUCCAUGAAUUUGGACAAUAAGAAUGUUCACACCAAUCACUCGAAUCAUUCCAAUCACACCAAUCACUCCAAUAAUAACCAUAAUAUCCCAAAGUAUCAUCAAUUCCAUCACGACACUCUCAAUAAGGGAAUAGAAUUUCGAAAGGCCAUUGAAGUCAUGUUCACACGAGGAGUUAUUUUAGAAAACUUUUUAAAAUACGAAUCGUUCUUUCCAUUUGGAUGGAUGUAUGGACUCUUAUCCAAAGUAUUGGGUGUGGAAAAGGCCAUUCAAAUGGUGAGUGAUCAAUUGGAUGAAAUCAUUGCGACACGAAAACGACAAAUUUUAAAUAAGGAAGAAUAUAAUCAUCAAGACGUUGAGUUUAAUGAUGGAACCUUUGAUGCGAGAGAUGGUCAAUCAUUGUGA